CAACAGGGAGCCUUACACACAAGCCGCCAUAUUAAAGACGAUUCAACGGUUGUGUUGAGCAGAACUAAGCCUCGGUUUUACCAACAUGCCGCAAGCAGACGAACCGAUUUACUGCUCCCAGCAAAUAAACAUCCCUCCCGAGCUCCCGGAUAUCCUGAAACAGUUUACAAAAGCCGCAAUAAGGACACAACCGACCGAUGUCCUCCAAUGGGCUUACGCGUACUUUGACGCUCUUGCUAAGGGUGAGACACCUCCUGUUAAAGAGCGACUUGAGUUUCAACUUGGCCAGCCAUUGGAAAAGCCGCUCACAGAGGGUCAACUGGGCAUUCUACACAGACAGCUUGGAAGCAAGCCUAUAAUUGAGCUCUCAUCACUGGAGGAAAAAUGGCGACACUUAUGUCUCCCUAAAGAUACACUGGAGGAGCUUUUGAGGCUGGGAAGCUUUGCAGAAGAGCUUAAGUGGCUUCACUUCCUUUCCCUGGCAUGUAGUGCCAUUAGCGAGAACCUGACUCUAGCCAUGAAGACCAUCUGUGAGAUUCUCACCACAGACCUGGAGGGAGGACCUGCAAGGAUUCCCUUCUCAUUAUUCAAAGAGUUGUACACAUACCUCGCUAACGUUGAUGGAGAGAUCCCAAAAGAACAUGUGGACACUGUUAUAAACCAUCUUGGAUAUGAUGUUGAGAAACAAGAUGGUAUGGUCUCACCAAGAAACUUCAUGAGUGAUUCGUGCCCACCACUGUCGCCGGCCUUAUAACUUCUAUAAGCAACCAAUUAGACAUUUUAUAAGCUUCUACAAGCAAACAGUAUACAUUUUAUUCCACCUCAACAGUGAUUAUGUAGUCACUUGUUUGUGGUGCAGAAGCCUUGGUUGUGCCAAGGUGAAGAUUUCUGUAUAUACUCGUGUAUAAACAACGCACAAGGAAUGGCUUUUGUAGGAUGUGUAUAGUUCCAUCUAGUUCGGCAUGCAAGACCAACCAUGUAAAUAAAAACAAUCCUCUGUA